AUGACCCGAUCCGCCGGAGAAGUGAAUAGCCUGUGGUCCUCUCUGAAAACGUCAGUGUAUGGGGCAGCUGAGAAAAUGAUUGGAUGCACCCAGCGGCGCUACAAUGAUUGGAUCAGCGGACGAACUCUGCAGUUCUCUGCGGAGAUACCCCGAUCUAGUUGCCGUAAUGAUGAUUCUUUCCGCCAAAUAAGAAAUAUGACAGCCAAAUCGGCCAGGGAGGACCGGAAGAAAUACUGGGCUGAAAUAACAACCUCCAUGGAGCAGGCCUCGAACGUUGGCGACACUCGAAAGCCCUACCAACUUAUUUGCCAGGCUAGUGUUAAGCUGUCUUCACCGUGCGACUCAGUUCGUGAUGUAAGUGGCGGCUUUAUUGCUGACAACAUGACCAAGGUCGAACGCUGGCGUGAGCACUUCGAGCACCUCCUCAACUUUUAUACGGAGCCUACCGCCUCCCUGCUCCCAUCUACAACACAGCCUCCUCCAUCUCUCACUUAUCCAGGGCCUUCUAAAGUAGAAAUCGCUGACGCCAUAAAAAGGCUGCGCAACAAUAAGGCACCUGGAGAGGGCGGCAUACCCGCUGAAAUCUACAAGUCUUGUGCCGACACUCUGGAACCUUAG